CUCGGGUCUCGAGUCAAUUAUUCUGACGCGUGAGUUGCGUUUUUGUUCCUGAUGUUUGCUGGGGUCUCUUGGCGGGAUACAUAGUAUUUUGUGGAUUGCGUUGGUUUCGGCUCGCGCGGCGACGGCUUGUUGCAGCGUCAAUGAAAUUCCACCACACUGGGGGCGCAACAAGCACACAUUAUUGCAAGCUGAAAGACAGGACAAAUGACUUUUGCUGAUGCGGGGUGGGAACAUUUCUGACCGAUUUAUGAUUUGUAUUUGAUGGCAAAAUCGUUCCACGUCGUGUGUCCAAAGAGAUUGUCCUCCAGUGCAUCGGGCUUUCAAAAUCGUGGCAAACAUUUCCAGGUUAGGCAUAUUUCUUGAAUGCUCAUGUGUCAAGCUUGGUCUCACCGACACAGAACCCCAGCCCUCAGUGGCCCUAGUGGCUCGAGACCUGAAUGUCCAUCAGCGGUCCGCCGUUUUCGCAGUACUUGUGGCAAUGUGCUCAAAGUCCUGAGGAAAAACCUGGCACAUUCUUUCCUGAUUGGGCUUACAAUCUGAAGGCCUUCAUUCCAGGUGCAAUUGUUGCUGUGGACAAGCGAAGCAACCUCAAGCAUUGUCAUGCAACUGUGGUAACAGACAUCUCGCUCUGUUGUGGCUUGGGAGAAGAUGAGUUAUGCAAGGCUCUUUCAACCUUCAAGCAUCCACGGCGAGAAGGGGAAUGGAUGGGAGAUGACCCGGGGCGCCUCCUACUUGAGUUUUCUGAAGCAGUCCGUGGGUACAUCUCUGUCUCGCGCUUGACCCGUGUCCUUCCCUGCUCACCUGCACGUGUGCUCAUUGUGAACGAGACGGUGAGUUAUCGUCGGCUGGCCAAAACGCAAGUUGGAAAGGUCGAUGGAGUUCUGGAGAUCGGCUCUUCCUUUGGAGAAUGUACCCAGAUUUUGACAAAACAUGCUGCAGCCGUGAUUGGAAUUGACAACAGUCAGGAACUGGUCGAGGAGAGCCGCCGAAGAUAUCCGUUCUGCAGAAUUGAGCUAUUGAACUGCUUCCAAGACCCGUUGCAGCUGCAACGGUUGUGCAGCCAGCCCUUUAGUCGGAGUAAAGGGCUUUCUUUACGUUUUUUAAAUUUGUCUCUUCUGCUCCCUCAUUCUCAUGCAUUGGUUUACUUGCAAUUGGUUUGCUUGAAGCCAUCCUCUACCCAAGAGCAGCCUCAAGGCUUGCCAGCCACCAGUACAUUUUUGUAUGUUGGAGGCUCCCAGCCUGCUCUGCAGGUUACAAGACAGAUGCGAGAACUUCAAGAUUUUUGUAGAUAUUGGAGGUGAAAGGAGCUCCACGGCUGUCUGCCGGAUUCUGGUACUGUUGGAUGAGGUUGUCAGGGGCUCGCUCUGUGCACCCUGCUUGGUGGUGGUGAAGUGCAAGAGUUUGUCUGCGGCAGCCGCUGCCUCUUGUGAUGAAAGAGCUACGAUUUGCAACCUUUUGGAUUGGUGGCAUAGGUGCGCAGCUCCCACGAGCACACGGCAACAACGAAAAUGGGGGAUUAGUCGCGAACAUGGUUAGCUUGCUGCUUUUGCUGCUUGCUGAUACGGCGGCAUGCCAGCCAAUUCAUCCUUAUACGUGUGAAAUGCUCAUGGGUUUUUCCCUCAAUGUCCUUGCACCGUGUAAAGUGGGAGCCCCAGGGCUCAGAUGGUUGGGUCUGUGCCAGCAGAAAUCAUCCAUCACGUCAGGGAGGAGAAAAGAUUGAAGUUGUGAUACUCUCAUGAGCGAACAUGCAGGCCAUGCUGGAAUUAUUACAGUUCGUUUGUCAAGUCUU